UCCACAUUUCUUGCUCAUAAAGACCUGUUGAACAGGUCCUCACGCAACGUAUGAAAUAACACAUCAAAUACCUGCAGCGAUCGGUAUUGAUCACGCGACUUAUUACAUUUAGAUUUAUCCGAGUAAGUUUUAAGAAUUCAAAGCGGUUGGUUGCGUAAAGUAGUUGCAAAGAAAACAGAAAAAUUUCAAGAGAAAGUACAAGAAAGUGAUACAGUAAAAAAAAAAGAGAAAAAAAAGUAAACUGAUUUUUAACGAUCUAUGAUUGUUUACAGUGUUGUGGAAUCAACAAUUUUCGGCAUAUAUAAGAAGUAAUUGUGUAAGAUAAGUCAGAGUGUUUAUAACAAGAUAACGAGACUUCGGAGAGUUAAAAUUCCUUUCUAUAUUGAAUCCAGUUCAGUCUCUCUCUAUACUAGUCUUCGAGUAAGAUAACACAUCUCGUGAUGUACAGUCAGGUCAAUAUUUCGAACUACAAAGCGCUCAAUUUUGGUGCGGGACCAGGCAAACUUCCGGAAGAGGUAUUAAGACAAGUACAAAAAGAAUUGCUUGAAUAUAGUGGUACUCAAGUAAGUAUUUUGGAAUUGAGUCACAGAUCACCUGAGUUCAAAAACAUUAUUGAAAAUGCACAAGAAACGUUGCGAGAAAUACUAUAUGUACCCGAUAAUUAUAAAAUUCUAUUUAUGCAAGGAGGUGGAACCGGGCUUUUCGCCGCUAUUCCUUUAAAUAUGAUGAAUAAUGGUACUGCAGACUACAUAGUAACUGGCACAUGGUCAGCCAAAGCAGCAGAAGAAGCAGCCAAGUAUGGCAAAGUGAAUUUUGUUCUGCCAAAAACCACAAAAUACAUGGAAAUUCCUGAUCCAUCGUCUUGGAACUUAAAUCCUAAGGCAUCUUACGUUUACUAUUGCGCGAAUGAAACAAUUCAUGGAGUUGAGUUUAAUUAUAUUCCUGAAACUAAUGGAGUACCCUUAGUCGCCGAUAUGUCGUCCAAUAUACUCACAAGAUGUCUUGAUAUUUCGAAAUUUGCAGUAAUAUUUGCUGGCGCUCAGAAAAACAUAGGUCCGGCUGGCGUGACUCUCGUGAUAGUGAGAGACGACAUCCUUGGUCAUGCUAUGGACACUUGCCCAACAAUAUUAGAUUUCACUGUUAUGGCAAAAAGUAACUCUAUAUACAAUACACCACCAGUAUUUCAAAUAUACGUAGUCGGAUUAGUUUUCAAAUGGAUCAAAGAUCGCGGUGGUGUUGAGGAAAUGGAGAAACUGGCAAUUAUGAAAAGUCGUAAGAUAUAUGAUGUAAUCAAAAAUUCAAACGGUUUCUAUUCGUGCCCAGUUAAUCCAAACGCAAGGAGUAGAAUGAAUGUGCCAUUCAGAAUAGCCACAAACAAUGAAGAACUUGAAAAAGAGUUCAUAUCCAGCGCGACUGCACGCGGAUUGCUUCAGUUGAAAGGUCACAGGUCAGUAUAUCUAAAAACUAAAAUUACGUUUCACGUUAUUGUUUACUGUCUUCUAAACGUAUUUAAUUACAGAUCAAUAGGUGGAAUUCGAGUGUCGCUGUAUAACGCUGUUUCUGUAGACGAGGCAGAGGUAUUAGCAGCAUUUAUGAUACGGUUCUUUCAAAACUAUGGUUACUAAUAGAUUAUAAGAUGGUAAAGAUUAAAAAAUCGAAAUAUAAUUUGGGAACAUUACUCGGUUAAAACUAAUUUGUAUGUAUGUAUAAGAUAUAAAUGAUACAUAUGACCUAUCAGUUUUUUAUAUAUUUUAUAGAAUUUGUAUAAUAUUAGUAAAAGAAAUAUUUAAUUUAAGAACAUUCAUUGUAUUUCUAAAUAGAAUUAUCUAACAUUUACUGCUU